CUGUAAUGGAUGCGUGGAAAGUGUAGAAAUUUUUAAUAUGUCAGGAAUAAAACGACGCUGUGCAGCAUUAAACUGUCGGAGCACCACUUCAUUAACACAUCGCUUUCCAAAAGAUUACGAAAGGAUAUUUGGGGGACGAACAUAUUUUGAACAGGAAUCACAGAAUUUUUCCUUUAGCAUUCAGCCUCUCUGAAAAUCAGCCAAUUUCAGUUGUAGGUUUGAUAGUGUGGUAUCAGUUUCCACAAAAAAUUGAGAACAAGGUGCCGAAUAUGGGCGGAACGUGCUGGUUGUCUGCACUUGUUAGAGAAAGGUGUAGACGUACUUAACACAUCUUACAGACUUUGUUCAGAUCAUUUCCAUGAUAGAGCUUAUACAUCUACAGAGAGGAGACGACUUUCAAACUAUGCCCUUCCAGAAAUAUUCACCCAUAACUCUGGAACUUUUGAGACUGAAAACAUGUCCCACUUCAUGGCGGAGGAACCAAGAGAAAUGAGUGCUGAUCUGCUGUGCCGUGUGUGUGCAUGUGCAAGCGAGGAGUUGGUGCCUGUGUUUGGGGAGAAAGGUUUGGAACUGCAGCUUCUUGACAAGAUUCACACCCAUCUGCCCAUCAUGGUAACUGCAGAAGAUUUGCUGCCAGUUAAUGUGUGUUUGGAUUGUAUCUACAGACUAGAAAUGUGCCAUGAAUUUGUUCAUGGUUGUUUGGAAGCAGAUGCAAAGCUAAGAGAAAUUCUUUGUUUGGAUACAGAUAAUGAGGUGUACUUUGAAGGAUAUAAUGAAGAUGAAUGCAGUACAAAUCAAAGUCCUUUGGAGGUGACUCAGGAACUAGACAAUGAACAAGAUACAAAUGUGUUUGGGGAUUCAUGUGAUACACAAGAUGGCAGCAGUUGUGAUGUGGAAGAUACGGAUAUGAUGAGUAAUAAUCUAGAUGAUUCUUAUGCACAAGAUAAGUAUGUGAUCGAAGAUGAGGCUGAUGCACAAUUAGAUGAUUAUCAGAACUCUACUGAUCACAUGCCAGAAGAGGCUGCUGCUGUUCAGUCAAUAUCUGAAGAGGUUGAUGAAAGUCACUCACUGGAAACAGGGAAACCAAAAUUCACAGUAGUAGUUGUGAAAAUGAAGAAUACUAGCAGCAUGACUCAAGAUGCUCAGAUAGAAAAGGCUUUAGAUGUUCUGAAGAAUGUACAGACUUCUUCACAGUCUGUAACCGAGAAACAAGAAUUUGUUAAUCAGGAAACACUGGAGCAACCACAAAAAAAGGAACUAUGUUUAGAAUCGUCUGAUACUGAACCUCCUGAUUGUCUUUUUGAUGAAUCAUCUACCAUGGAUCAUCCUGUUGUAUCAAAUGAAGACACAAAACCAGAACCAAGUGUGUAUGAUGAAACGUUUUCCACAGUAUUUACUGAAAAUGAAGUACGUGAAGAAGGAAUUGUUCAAGUUGAUUCAAGGAAAGUUUCGGUGGAUCAUUCAUACACACAUUGCGAUCAGACAAGUUAUUGUUGUAUGUACUGCAAGAAAACUGUUGUUGGUAAAGUUAAUCUUGCAUCACAUCAAACAGUUUCUCACCCUGAUAAAGUAUUCUGCUGCCCAGAAUGUGAUGUAAUCAUUUAUGAAUCUAAGCAGUUUUUUGAGGAGCAUAAGAAAAAACAUUUCAGAAAAUCAGAAUGUGGUGAAGGCACCUUUAAAGCGAAUUGGCUGACGUGUGAAAAUUAUUUUGAGGAGAGUAAAUCUGUUGAACCAGGCAAUGGAAAUAUAAGUGUCAGUGAAAUGUUUGAUUACAAGAAGAGUGAAAAAGACAUUGAAACUUACAAAACUGGUUUGUUGGAGGUAGUUGUUAAAUCUGGUACAGUGUUGCCGUCGUUAAAAAUCUCAGAACCAGACAUGGCUGCUUUACAUGAAAAGGUUCAUAAACAAACAGACAGGCAGGGUGCAGUUGAAAUUGUGAAGGUAGCCGACAUUCAUGUUGAACCACAGAGAUACCUCCUUAAAAAGGGGAUAUUUCAAAGUAAUUUAGAAUUUCGUGUGAAAAUAUCUAAAAACUUCAAAAAUAUUGACAGUAAUGAUAGGUCAAAGAUUACAGGAAUAAUUAGGGGUAUUAUUAAGAAGUUAGAAAAUGAAAGAACAAAAGUUGUAGGAACAGAACGAUGUUCGCGCAGCAAUGAGGUAGUGCAGACAGCAGCUGGUACUGAAGAAAUUUCAUCACAAAAGGCUAAGAGAAGAAUAAAACACAGGCAUUGGAGAUGCAAACAGUGUGACCACUUAUCUGUUUCAUGGGAAGAACAUGUCAAACACAUUUGGGCUCAUCCUCCGGUGUCACUCCCCUGUGCUUACUGCGAUAAGCGAUUCUCUUCCAAGGCAAGACUUCAGUUUCACGCUUCCAUACACACACAGGAGAAACCAUUCAUCUGUGAAUAUUGUGGGAAAGGUUUUUGGAACACGCAGUCACUUAAGAAUCAUCUGUACACGCAUGAUGAAAGUGAGAAAAUGUUUGAAUGUAAACACUGUGGGAAGAAGUUUGGGACAAGAGCGGGCUAUGACAGUCAUUGUGCUAGCCACACAAAAGCAUCAUAUCUAUGUGAUGUUUGUGGCAAGAGCAUGAAACAUAUCAGUAGUCUGAGGUUACACAAGUUGACCCAUGUUGAUCCCACUUUCUUCAGAAGACAUUGUUGUGCUGUGUGUGGGAAAGCUUGUCGGAACAGAUAUCUUCUCACAGAACACAUGCGUACCCACACCAAUGAACGCCCUUUCAAGUGUUUGCACUGUGAAGAGUGUUUCCAUAAGAGAAGUCAGUUGUCUCAACACAUGCUGAUUCAUGGUGAUCCUCGUCAGCACAUAUGUUCUGUGUGUGGAAAAGGUUUUAACCGUAUGGGAAACUUAAAGAUGCAUGCGAAGACACAUCAGCGCUCUACUAAACACGUGUGCAAAAUCUGUAAGGACACAUUUACAUGCUUGGGGGAACUGCUUAGUCAUCGCAAGAUGCACACCAAAGAAGAGGUUGAAGAAGCAAUGCAGUUGUGUGAAAGACAGGGUUCUAAUCCUUCAGUAUAUGUGUGUGAGGUAUGUGGAAAGCAACUAGCAAGUAAGCUCACUCUUAAAUACCAUAUGAUGAGCCACGAUGGAGAUAAACCCUUUCCUUGUGAAACAUGUGGGAAAAAAUUUCCUCUUAAGACAAAAUUGCAGUUACACCAAAAAAUACACAGCAGUAAGAGGCCUUACUCAUGCAGUUUUUGCAAUGAAGGGUUUCAGACCAAACAGUAUAAGAUCAUCCAUGAAAGGAUACACACAGGUGAAAAACCAUAUAAAUGUACACAGUGCACUAAAGCGUUCCGCUCAAGAAUGAUUCUGAAUCAGCAUAUGUUGGUUCAUUCUGAUCUUCGACCAUUUAAGUGCUCUCUGUGUGACAAGGGAUUCAGACGUCGGGACACGCUCGACACUCAUUUGCGCAUACACACCGGUGAACGACCCUAUUCUUGCAACAUAUGUGGCCGCGGUUUCAAACAAAAGGGGGACUGUAACAAACACCAGCGGACACAUUUUAAAGGACGCAGGGUAGUGGAAGUUGAAGAAGCUCCAGUUGAUGUCACCUUUACUUGUAUUCUGUGUGGACUUUCCUUUGACCAGAAGGAAGAACUUUAUGGUCAUCUUGAGGAAUUUCACACAUCAGAUAUGAUUGUUGCUUCAGAUGCCAUGGUAAUGAAUACAGAAGGUCUUGUCUCAAUUCCAGAAAUAGUCCAGGAUGAUAAAACUCUAAUAGUGCAAAACUUUGGUUCAGAAUGUGAUACAAGUUGAAACUAUGCUGAAAGCAAAAGACCUGUAUGAUGUGUGUCAAUACAUUCAGGUACUUUAGCCACAUUUUAGAUUUAUUUUCUCUACCUUAUUUAGCUGUGACUAUAGAACAAAGGUUUUAUUACAAAAGAAUAAUCUACAAUCUUAAAAUCUGAAACAGAGCAAAAUACUCCACUAGGACAAAUGUACAUUACUAGUACAAAACUCUUAGGUUGCCCUUUGUUUCAUGUGUACUCACUGUAUUGUGAUAGUAAAAGUAAGCAGGAAGUGAAUAUCAUACAACAUGUUGUUAUAGGAAGACAUGAUGACCUACAGCAAGUCAUGUUACUAAAGCAGUGCACUGUUACAACCCAAAAAAUUGCUGUUCCAUGAAUGGAAGUUUGAUUUUAUAUUUAGGUGGUGUAUAGCUGAAUCAGUAAAAUUAUUACUACAAAGUGGAUGAACAGGAUUAAGUUCCCAGCAGAAUUAGAUAUUUUUUCCACAUCAGGAACAUUUCUGGGGUUCACGAAACCUCCCUGAAACUGGGUACUGAGCCUCUUGUCCUCAGGGAUGAAACAGACAGAGAAAAACUGCUAAGGUGUACAGGUGAGGAUUUUUAACCUCCAUGCCCUGUCCAUACCUUCAUUGCAUGUUGCUUCAGCACAUGGGGAACUUCAUUAGUUUAAUGUGAAUAUUAUUUUAUAUACAGUAAUUAUUAUGGUAGAUAGAUACCUGCAAUGAUCAGACACAGUAUUUCUGUUGGUCAAAUAUUAUUGCCCUAUCCUGUAAAAGUGCACAGUGUGCACUGAAUAGGCACAUUCAACAGGCAAGCUCAAAGCAGCAGUAGUGGUCUUAUGUAAAGUGGUCAUUAAAUUUUUCUGAUGUAAAUGACUCAGCGAUACUUUGUAAAAAAAUUUCCAUUGUUGCAUUUAAUCAAGUACAUUAUGUGUUAUCAAAUUUCUUAUGUACAGGCAGCUGGAGAAAUUUUAGUAGUCACUGCAGGGUUACAGUGCACUUAUAAAAUAGUCUGAUGCUGUCCUGGAGCAUUGAAGAAAUCAGGGGUCUCGUAUUCCUCAUUUGGUAAUGAUAUGUCUCAGUUUAGAUAUAAGAAAUUUUUCACAGAACUUAUCUGCAAAGGACAACCAAUUUCAGACGGGAAAAUUGGAACAAGAUAACAUGUUGGAGAACACUGCUUUCAUUCAAGACUUUGCUUGUUCCAGCCUGGCUACAGCUUUUACGAUUUUUCUCAGUCGCUUGAGGCAAGUGGCUACAACCUGUUGCUUUCCUCUCUUUUUUCCCCUCCUUAAAAACAUAGCUGUAAUGACAUUACAUCCAUGUUAGAGGAAUGGAAUUCAAAGCCGGGGUACUCCAUUCUCAGGCUAACUAAUAACUGGUAGAAAUUUUUUCUGUAGAGUAGCACAUAUGAUCGCCCUAUCCUGUAUAGGGCCCCAGAAUAAAAUUAAAUGUUUUUUCACAUUAUAUAAAAUCACUGUUUUGUUUCAGGUGGCUUAUGUAAAUAUAUACUUCAGUUGCAGGCAUGCAUAUUUUAUUACAAUAAGUUUAUUUUCUUGCCUGUCAACUUCCACACAUUAUUUUCAUUUGAUACAACUAUUAUUUUAAACUACAGAGCUUAUUUAUUGAAAGGAAGUUCAGUGGGUGUACUUAUGUUUCCAAAGUAUUACUCAGAUUUGAGACAUUUCCUGACAUUAUCAUCAAUAAUGUGUAUGUUUGUUUAUUUCACAAAACAAUUUUGCUUUUCCACUCUUAAAUAUGUACUAUAGAGUGUAUGUCCAGUAAUUGUGUGUCCACUUGUAAAUUAGGAAUGGCUGGUUCUAUUUCAGCCACACUUACACUACUGUAUCAGUUCUUACAUAACUAAUGAGAUGAGAAUAAAAGUUUCCGUAAAAUUGUCAUUCAAGUUUA